GAUAACGUUAAAUGCUGACCUACGAUUCACCCUUGCCCAUUUCUUUCUGCCAGUAUAUAUCACUGAUAUAUAGCCACUGCAUGUCACUCUAGCACCUUGCUUCAUUUCAUCCACAACCCGAGUUUUGUAAAUCAGCGGAGUAACUUGUAAUUUCACGAUGACUGGUAUAACACUUGACGAUAUUGUUUUUCCCGCAGUGGUGUCCUUACUUGCAGGAUUUCAGUUAGGUACCUUUGCAAAAGCUGUUGGUGGAUUACGAAAAAAGUAUAAUAUCAAGCCGCCAGCAGUUACUGGAGCUGCAGAAUUUGAAAGAGGGCUACGUGCACAACAGAAUGCAAUAGAGUUUACACCACUAUUUUUAAUCAUAUUAUGGAUAUCUGCGAUUUUCUUCCAUCCAGUGGUUGCAUCCGUUUCAGGUUUGGUCUACCUUUUUGGGCGUAAUAGGUACUUCAAGGGGUAUCUCAAAUCAGCCGAUGGCAGGUUAGCUCCAUUUGAAAUAAUUGAAGCAGGUCUACAUCUGUUGCUGUUCCAGUCUAUAAUUGGAAUUACCCAAUGUCUUCUACUCAAGUAUGCUGGGUUUAAUUUGAAAGAAACUGUGUGCUCCUAUGUUCCAUUCAAGUCCCCAUUUUAGAUAAAAAAAACAGCAUCUGUGAAGAUUCGUCUUUGUGCUAUGUAUACAAACACAGGGUUUUGUAAUUAAAUUUAAAAAACUUA